UUUGAACUCCAUCAAUUUUAGAAAGAAAAUAUAAUAGAGAAUUAUUACUUCCUCUAAUAUUUUGUCUUAUCAUCAAAUUUUUCAUUACUCUCUCCAAACUUUAAAAAAAAAACACACACACACAGAGCCAUAGAUACCAAUUACUAGCCUCAACAUAAACUUUCCACAAACACAUUCACACUUCAGCUCCGGAUUCGCACACGGAAACGACAACCUCUUGCUCACUCUUCACCCUCCAACUGAAGCAACACACACCUCCUGCAACUCACCCUCCAUUACUUCAACUGUUCAACAACAACUUAACCAAAGCAGUAGACGAGAGGAGAAGUGGAACAAGACCGCACAUCCUCCACGAACGGGGUCUCGCCGACUUAAAGCCAAAGGCAUUGCCACCGUAGCUUAACAAUGGAAGGUAGAUCUCGCAUUGGUCUUUUACUUCUUCUUAUUAGUUUUACUCCAGUUUUGGUAAAAUGUAAUUCAUCUUCUCAGGAAAACGAUCUAAAGGUUUAUAUUGUCUACACCGGAAAUGCGUUUGGAAAUGAAACGUAUUCACUGCUCCGUUAUAGAGAUUUGAUAGAUCAAGCUACAGACAGCAACUCGGAACCCAAAUCUAUAUUACACUACUGGUGGAAGAUUUUUAGUGGUUUUAUGGUGAAGCUAACAAAAAAGGAAGCUGAUAGAAUGGCUGGUCUUACAGGUGUUGUCUCUGUUUUUCCAAAUAGAAGAUACCACAUCGAUCCACCACUUCCAAAUAGAAGAUACAACAUCGAUCCACCACGUGAUAGCAUUUCAAUGAAUUGGAAAGUAGAUAGUUUAAGUUACUUUUUUACUGUAAUUCUAUCAUACUACUUUAUGUUUUUUAUGUUGGUAGGUUGUGGCUGUAUUCUACAUUUGUGUAUAAGUUAGUUCUUUUGUUGUGGAGGUUUGCUUUUUAGUGGUUUUUUGGUUUCUGUUCUUGGUGGAUUGAUCUUGGUCCCAGUGUUGUUGCCUUUUAGUUUCUCUGGCUUUCUCCUUUGAUUUCCAGAUA